AUGGAAUUCCAAAUAAACGGUGAUGGAAUAUUGCAGGAGGGAUUCAACAUUCAGCGGGAGCCCAUUGCGAUAGUGGGAAUGGGCUGUCGCUUACCUGGCCAUGUCUCUUCGCCGUCUGACCUUUGGGACCUUUUGGUCCAGAACAAAUCCGGUCACUGUAGGGUGCCCAUGUCUCGAUUCAAUGUGGAUGGAUUCUAUCAUCCUGACGCUGAACGACCUGGAAGCAUCAACUCGACGGGCGGAUAUUUUCUUCAGGAAGACUUGCGGUCAUUCGACAACGCUUUCUUCGGUAUCAACAACCUUGAAGCGUCAUAUAUGGACGCACAGCAAAGGAAGUUGCUGGAAGUCGUGUACGAAUCAUUUGAGAACGGGGGAGUUCCGCUGUCUAAGAUCCGAGGCUCCAAGACAGGCGUCUACGUUGGGAAUUUCACUAAUGACUAUAUGAUCAUGCAGUACAAAGAUCCCGAGUACUUUUCACGAUAUAGUGCUACAGGUUCUGGCCCAACUGUCCUAUCAAACCGAAUUUCUCACUGCUUUGACCUGCGUGGCCCAUCCGUCGUAUUAGAUACCGCAUGCUCAUCGUCCAUGUACGCCUUGCACUUUGCAUGUCUGGCUCUUGAUUCCCAUGACUGCGAUGCGGCGGUCGUCGCAAGUGCAAAUUUGAUCCAAUCAGCAGAGCAGCAGUUGAUUGCUGUCAAAGCCGGAAUUCUGUCUCCAGAUUCGACUUGUCAUACGUUCGAUGAAUCAGCCAACGGGUAUGGACGAGCGGAUGGCGCAUCGUCCCUCUAUCUCAAGAGGCUGAGUGACGCUCAACGAGACGGGGAUCCGAUUCGUUGCAUCAUUCGAGGAACUGCGGUCAACGGCAAUGGUCGUACUCCAGGUAUUGUACAGCCCAGUAUCGAUGGCCAAGAAGCAGUCAUUAGAGCGGCGUAUAGGAGAGCUUGCCUUCCCACAGAUGGAACCGACUACGUAGAGGCCCACGGAACCGGCACUCAAGUCGGCGAUCCCAUCGAAAUCGAAGCGAUCUCUCGUGUUUUUCAUCACAUGACUGGAAAGCCAACUGCUGUCGGUGGUAUCAAACCUAACCUCGGACAUAGUGAAGGUGCCAGUGGUCUCUCAAGCAUCAUCAAGCUGGCACUUGCUCUCGAGCACGGCGAGAUCCCAGCAACCAUCGGCAUUAAGAAGAUCAAUCCAAACAUCAAACUUGACCAGUGGAAUCUGGAUAUUGUAAAGGAAAAUCGUCCAUGGCCCAAGUCUAGAGUCGCCCGGGCAAGUGUGAAUUCCUUUGGGUUUGGCGGCGCGAAUGGCCACGCAAUUCUCGAAGCCGCGCCGGUGUGCUCAAGGGCCCUCUCCAACGACCGUCUCUCAAUGGGUUCUUACACAUGCAGUCGUGGAAACGGCAACGUUUCUACGAACAUGAUACCGCAGAUGAAUCCAACUCUUCUCACGUUCUCAGCGCGGACGGAAUACUCCAUGAGCUGCCUAGUCAAGAACAUUGCGGACUAUGUUUCUCGCUCAGACAGCCGCAUCAGCCUGACGGAUUUGGUGUAUACUUUGAAUGGCCGUCGGUCUCGUCUCGCCGCGAGAGGAUUCGCUAUUGUCACCCCUCAGACGUUGGCCGACGAUCUUGAUCCCGCAAAGUUGAUCAAGAAUCAACUCGAAACUGAAACUCUUCCACUCGCGUUCAUUUUCACCGGCCAGGGAGCUCAAUGGCCCGGCAUGGGUGGCCAGCUAUUCCAUCAAUAUUCCAAAUUCCGAGAGUCGAUUCGGUAUCUUGACUCUUGCCUCGCCGGUCUCAGUACUGAGGACAUGCCCGGUUGGACAUUGGAGGAUACACUUCUUGCUCCAAGUGAGAGCAGUGACAUUGACUUGGCCGAAAAGUCACAGCCCAUCUGCACAGCCGUCCAGGUUGCAUUGAUCGAUCUUCUCAAAGAAUGGAAUAUAAGGCCUAAAGUGGUUAUUGGGCACUCAUCCGGAGAAAUUGGCGCCGCAUACGCUGCUGGUCAUCUCAGUGCCUACCGGGCUAUUAUGGCUGCCUACUUCCGUGGUCGUACGGUUGUCCAGCAUGCACGAGUCGGUGCUAUGAUAGCAGUUGGUCUUGGUAAAGAAGCUGCGCAGACCUUUAUUACUGAGCAUGAUUUGACCGAGCAGAUUUCAUUGGCCUGCGAUAAUUCUCCUGAGAGCACCACUUUGAGUGGCGACGCUUACGCGGUAGAGAAGUUACUAGCCAUUCUACACCGCCAAGGAAUAUUCGUGCGGAAGCUCAAGACCAACGACAAGGCAUACCACUCAAAGCACAUGAAGGAGAUCCGCCAUAUAUAUCAGCAGUCGCUUGAACGAGUGUGGCAUGCGGAUCAACAGCUAGGAAGUAAGAGUGCGUCCAACGGAGACGUACCGCACCAGAUCAUUGAUUCUCACGUUCGCAUUAUUUCGUCGGUCACCGGAGUCGAGUUGACUUCGGGUGACAUGGCUACUAUAGCAUACUGGGUGACGAAUCUGGAAUCUCCGGUCAGAUUCUGCGACGCGGUCAAGGGAAUGUUUGGAAUCGGUCGAUAUCACUUGCUGGAACUUGGCCCUCAUUCUGCUCUCGAGCUUCCAAUCAAGCAAAUUGCUGCUUCAGAGAACCGAGCUCCAGAUUAUUACGCUUACAACCCAGCGCUUAUUCGCGGCAAGGAUGGUGCAGUCACUUUGCUGUCCCUUGUCGGCUCGCUCUUCCUUCAAGGGAACGAUGAUUUGCCUUUGGAAAAUAUACUCCCAGAUAAUCUUGUGCCUGAAUCUUUGGAACGCCGUGUCUUGACCGAUCUUCCCCAUUACUCCUGGGAUUACACUGCGCCAACGCUAUGGACCGAGUCACGAGCAGUGACCGAGUUCCGAAAUCGCCCGUUCCCACGACACGAUUUGCUUGGCUCUCAGAUCCACGGAGCGAGCAAGUUAACAACUACAUGGCGUAAUAUCGUCGAUGUGGAUGAGGUUCCUUGGCUCAAGGACCAUUGCCUUGGACCUUCCGUCGUGUUCCCGGCUGCAGCAUACCUGGCAAUGGGAGCUGAGGCAGCAUGUCAGGUGAACGGGAUUCACCUUCAUGACUGUCCAGGAAUCGAAAUGCGCCACUUCAAUUUUCUCAAAGCCAUGGAUUUUCAUGCCGAGCACCGACCUCGUCUCGAAGUUGUCACGGAAAUGCGCAGGGCUUAUGUUACCAGCGUCCUCGCGUCAGAUACCUGGUGGCACUUUACAGUUUCGUCGAUCUCAGGUGAAGACUCGUGCGCGACAAUCCAUGCGACUGGGUUUGUGAGUCUCGCUAAGACGGCACAGGUUCUAUCGCGAACCAUCAACCUAGAAAAAGACACCAUGGAGCAGCAGGCUACUCGCGUGUGGUACGACAAGUUCACCAAGGAAGGCCUGAACUGGGGUCCAAAGUUCGCUGUAAUGGAAGACAUCUACUGCGAUCGUGCAAGAAAGGCCGACGAAUCUCUGGUUGUCACUCACCUGCUCCGUGGCAAUCAGACUGGGCCUGGCCAGUCUUGGCAGUAUAUUGCUCAUCCCAUCAGCAUCGAUUCGAUGCUCCAAACCGCGUUCGUAGCGACCACAGGGGGUUGGGUUCGAGAACUGCGCGCCACUGUUCCUGUGAAAAUGGACAAGGUUUUGUUCUCAUCCCCAAGCCUACUUGACAUGGAUUUGGGGAAAACAUGGGCCAUUGAUGCCAGAUCAAGGCGUGUCGGUUUUGGAACGGUUGACAUUGACGCUGAGCUCUACAACAGUUCCGGCGAGACUUUGAUUCGCUUAGAGGGGGCACGAUGCAUUGCCUAUCAAGGUAAUACGCAACAAGAAGCUCUCGAGGAGCGAAACCCCAUGUGCCGCGUGGCCUGGAGGCCGGAUAUUAUGUUGAUGGAAGCGGGCAUUAAUCCCGGUCUCGUCAAAUACACGGACUGGUUUUUGCAGAGGUUUGCAGGCGAAAAGACAAUGCCAGAGUCGUUGAUCCGGCUAGCAGGUGCGCUCGACCUUUGCACCCAUAAGAACCCGAAAGGUCGAAUCCUUUUGUUGAAUGCGGAUGAAGACACGCGAAACGUCCUUCUAAAUGCCCUUAAGGCAAAAUCCCCUUUAAGACGUUUUGAAACCUUUACACAAGCAACUUUCUCCGAAGGAGGACUUCGUGGUCGUGAAGUCUCGUCUACUGAAUCAGGCUCUGACUCUAUGGACGAGGCUAUCUCAAAAGAAACCAAGUUCGACAUCAUUUUUAGUCUUGGAGCGUUGCCAACCGGAGUUAAGGACUGGAUGGCGACUCCGACAACGCUUAUCACUGGGAAGAAGGUCGAGGAAAGCGCAUAUGCUGCGUAUAGCAUCAAAGCCAUUACCGGAAAUACUGACGAGCCUGUCAAUAUCACUAUAAUCAGUGAGAGAUCGAAUAUCCGAGAACGAAAGAAGUGUGACGUCGUCAUGGUAAACCGAACAGGUCAGCAAUCUGCACUAGACUCGAAGAUUCAUAAAGCUAUGGAGUCUUACUUUGGGCACUGUGUGCCCCUGAUUGGAAUAUCUGAUGUUAACGAUGAGACUAUUCCGUCUCGGUCCGUGGUUAUCUCGACCAUCGAAUCCAAGGAGCCUAUCCUUAGCACGAUCAGCGAAGAACAAAUGCGCUUUGUCAAGACAAUGACAGAUCGCGCUUCACUCAUCCUCUGGGUAUGCCAUGGCGACUUCAUGGCGGGAACCAAUCCCGAAUUUGCACCAGUCCUUGGCCUUUCUCGUGCCGUGAUGCUUGAGCAGCCAUCACUUCAAUUUGCUGUGUUCGACAUUGAUGAGACAGAGACCAACAUCGACGGUACAGCUUAUAAUGCCUGCAAUGUCAUGGAUCAGCUGAUGAGGAAUCCGCAUCCGGAACUUGAGUUGAGCCAGAAAGAACAGACCAUUCACUCGGCCCGGUGGGAGCCUGCCGAUGAGCUAAACGCGCAGUUCCGCUUGAAACAGGACGAAGGGCUUCUGGAGGUGCCUAUUGGAAAAGCCGGCCGUUGUCAGCUGCAUAUCUCUCAUCCGGGACAGAUGGACACCAUCCACUUUAUAUCUAGAGAGUACACAGAACCACUCCCUACGGAUUAUGUGGAAAUCGAGGUCAAGAGUGUGGGUCUGAACGCCAAGGACCUUUACGUUCUCAGUGCCAAGAUCGACACACAUAACGUAUCGUGUUCAUGCGAAUGCGCCGGGCUCGUUGUGAACGUGGGCUCGACGGUCACUAACUUCAAACCUGGAGACCGUGUUGUCGCCAUGGCACCUGGCCACUUUGCAACCCACGAGCGCUUGCCUCAAUGGGCAGUGUGUAAAUUGGAAGACGACAUGGACUUCACCACAGCUUCAACUAUCCCUAUUGUGUUCUCAACAGUCAUUUACGGCUUGGUUCACCGUGCAAAUCUGCAACGCGGAGAGUAUGUCCUCAUCCAUUCCGCCGCCGGUGGUGUUGGUCUUGCUGCAAUCCAGCUGGCGAACCAUAUUGGUGCCGAGAUCUUUGCCACAGUGGGUAACGAGUCCAAGAAGGAGUUCCUGGUCAAGGGGUUUGGACUAGACCCGGAGCGCAUUUUCAACUCACGCGAUGCUUCUUUCCUUCCUGCCAUCAUGAAGGCAACGGGUGGCCAGGGAGUGGAUGUUGUGCUGAACUCCCUCACUGGCGAGCUGCUUCGGAGCAGCUUUGAGGCGUGCGCCGACUUUGGCCGCUUCGUGGAAAUUGGCAAGCGCGAUAUUCUCGACGACGGAUCAUUGAAUAUGAAUACUUUUGGAAAGAAUGUGUCCUUUACGGCCUUUGACCUAAGUAACCUCUUCUACUCCAAGAAGAAAAGCCAUCACGACCUGUGGCAGAGACUCUUAGUAGAAAGUAUGAACUUAAUCCGCAAUGGUAUCGCCAAACCGUGCUCUCCUAUUGAGACUUUCCGUGCGUCUGAGAUAACGCAGGCAUUCCGGCACUUCUCACUUGGCACUCGUAUGGGUAAGUUGGCUGUCUCAUUUCAGGAUGGUGCCGACCGCAUCCGUGUUAAGCCCCAAAGGUACGAAACUACGCUCUCACCGAACAAGACCUAUCUUAUGAUUGGAUGUCUUGGAGGUCUCGGCCGCAGUAUUUCUAAGUGGAUGAUCUCGCGCGGUGCGAAAAGCUUAGUCUUUCUUGGGCGAUCCGGCUUGAAAACGCCGGAAUCUAAGAUGUUCGUCGACGACCUCCUUAAGCAAGGUGCCCAGGUCGAAGUUUUCCAGGGAGAUGUCAGCAAUUAUGACGAUGUGGAGAGGAUCAUUCAACAGGCCCCCUUCCCAAUUGGAGGAGUGAUUCAUGCAGCUAUGGGCCUAAGCGAGGCUCUCUGGAGCAGCAUGUCCCAUGCCAGCUGGCACACCAGUAUCGCACCUAAAGUCCGCGGGUCGUGGAAUCUUCAUAACGUGCUAUCGAAGGAUGGCCGUGACUCGCUACUCGACUUCUUUAUCGUCACAUCUUCUAUCUCUGGCACCGUUGGUAUGGCUACUGAAAGUAAUUACUGCGCCGCGAAUUCGUUCCUUGACGCCUUUGCGCGAUACCGUAGCCGGCUUGGACAGCCCGCUGUCUCCAUCGGUUAUGGCAUGAUCGCGGAGGUUGGUUACCUGCACGAACAUCCGGACAUCGAAGCUCUGCUCAAACGUAAGGGAAUUCACUCUAUCACCGAAGACGAGAUGUUGCAAAUCCUAGACGUAGCUAUCGUAUAUCAGUCGCCGUCCAAGUGGACGGCGCAUUACGAUGAUCUCGUCGGCGCUCACAUCCUGACUGGUAUCGAAUUCAUCGGCCUCAAGGAGCAACGCGACCGUGGUUUCGAAGGCGAUAACCACGUCCUCGCAGAUCCUCGCGCAUCUUUGCUUGCUGCCGCCUUUGCACGUAGCACACGUGGCUCUAAUGGUGCAGCUGUCGGCGCUCGCCACGGCCUGCCACCCGAGGUCACCAAGGUGCUAGCCUCGAGUGGACACACCGACAGCGUUUCCGAUGCCGUGCAAGGAAUCGUCGCGAAAAAGAUUGCAAAUUUAAUCCUACUGCCGGUCGAACAGCUGCGGCCGGAGCAGAAGCUGGGGGAGUUCGGAAUAGAUUCUAUGCUGGCGGCCGAGUUUAGGACCUUCAUCUUCCACGCGCUCGGGGUCGACGUUCCGUUCAUAACGCUCUUAGAUAAACAGAUCAGCGUACGAAACCUAACACAAAUAAUCAUAGCAAGACUAGAGAAUCGGGAGUUGUCAAGUGCCGCUUAA